AUGUCAGUCAAGGUCAUCGAUAACACGGUCGUCGUCGUCGAAGCCAAACACAAAGAAAGACAAGAUGACCAAUUGGGUUGUAUAUCGAGACAUUUUUUACACAGGUAUCGAUUACCCAACAACGUGGAUCCAAACAGCGUAACGUCGGAUUUGUCCGAUAAGGGAAUACUCACGGUAACGGCUAAAAAGUUCGGGGUUCAAUUGAUAUUCUACGUUGGGUUAAAAUUCCAUUUUUUAAUUUUAUUUGUUUAG